CACCUCUCUGCCCAUUUACUCCCUUACUUCCGUCCGCACAGUACUCCGCCUCCAUCGACGCAUAUGAACUUACGAAGCUCCAACAACAAAGCCUCGAGCGGAUCCUCACCAGCCAGGCUUAUUCUCUCCACCGCCACUGUUCUCCGGCCGCCGUUGCUCUCUUCUUCUUCUCAUGUCUUGCUGCAACCGCUACCCAUCCUCUUCCUUGCUCGAUUGUGGCACUUCUCUAUCUGAUGGUCGCCGGUGCUAGAUCUGCCGCCUGGAUGGAUGACAACCGCGAUUUAGGGCCGCUGGUGUCCGAUCUGCCGCCCUUGAUGGACGACGGCUGCAAUUUGAGGCCGCCAGGGUUCCGGAUCUGCCAUCUUGGUGGACGGCGACUCAGAUUUGGGGAUUGCGCUUCUAGUGGGGGUGCGGCGAGGGUUUCAUGGUGGUGAAGGUGGUGGUACGGCUAAGCUUUUGGGGGAAAUGGUCGGAGAGAGGUCUAGGGAGGACAAGGGUGGGGUAGGAAGCGGGACUGGGCGGCUAGUGACCGGAAAUGGCCUGGGGGUCAGGGAGAGGGUUUGGGGGCUGGGGAGGGUGUGACGACGACAGUGAUAAACCAGGUGGGCUGGAUGGCGGUUGCCGGAAUGUGGCGGCGUUGGACGGAAUUGGGCGGGUAGUCACUUUGGCUGGUGGGUGGACAGUCACUUUGGGCGGGUCACUGUAAUCAGUGGACGGGCGGGCACUGACUUUGGUCGGAGUCACUUUAGCCGGAGACACUUUGACCGGAGUCACUUUGGCCAGAGUCACUUUGGCGGCGGCGGUGCUGGAGUCGGCGGCGGCGGUGCUGGGGUUGGCGGCCACAGAGGUGUCGGUGGCUGCAAAAUAUGGACUACUAAUCAAAUAUAUAAAAGAAAUAUUGAAUUAAUAAAUGUAUGGUUAAAUAACUGGAAUAAGUGACUUUUAGUUACAUUUUUUGAAAAAUUUAAAAUAGGUUACAUUUUUAUCCUUUUCAUUCAUUUUAGUAAUAUUGGAAUAAAAAAGCCUUAUUAAUUUCUUGCCUUUUUAUGAAUGGCAUGUAGUUAAACAUAUAGGCGAAAUUAAACAGAGUAACUUAAUAUAGAUUGAGAC